AUGCGUAAAAACCUGCAAGACAACUACCUGACCGUUAUGCAGUCGGAAGCGUUCCGCCGCGAAUUCGAUCAACUGCUGCGCGACUAUGUCGGUCGCCCUUCCCCGCUCUAUUUCGCACAGCGCCUGUCCGAACGGUACGGCUGCAGGAUCUACCUCAAACGCGAAGACCUGAACCAUACCGGAGCGCACAAGAUCAACAAUACGAUCGGACAGAUCCUGAUCGCGCAACAGAUGGGCAAAACCCGUAUCAUCGCCGAAACGGGUGCAGGGCAGCACGGUGUGGCUACCGCUACGGUCUGCGCGCUGAAAAACAUGCGGUGCAUCGUCUACAUGGGCAAGACCGACGUAGAACGUCAGUAUACGAAUGUGCAGAAAAUGAAAAUGUUGGGCGCCGAAGUGCGCCCGGUCACUUCGGGCAACAUGACGCUGAAGGACGCCACGAACGAGGCAAUCCGCGACUGGUGCUGCCACCCGACCGACACGCACUACAUCAUCGGCUCGACGGUCGGCCCUCACCCUUACCCCGAUAUGGUGGCCCGGCUACAAUCGGUCAUCAGCGAGGAGAUCCGCAAACAACUGCAGCAGCAGGAAUGCCGCGACUAUCCGGACUACCUGAUAGCCUGUGUCGGCGGCGGCAGCAAUGCGGCCGGAACAAUUUACCACUACAUCGACGACCGGCGCGUGAAGAUCGUACUGGCCGAGGCCGGUGGAAAAGGCGUCGACUCGGGAUUGUCGGCUGCAACCAUUCAUUUAGGCGAAGAGGGUAUUAUUCAUGGGGCCAGAACACUGGUCAUGCAGAACGAGGACGGACAGAUCGAAGAGCCCUACUCGAUCUCGGCCGGAUUGGAUUAUCCGGCAUCGGUCCGGUUCACGCGAACCUCGCCGCGCAAAGCGGGCGACCGUGCUGGCUGUUCUGGGGAUCUGCAUACGCCGGUAAGCAUCUACCUGAAAGUCCGCGACAUCUAUCCGCAGUCGGCCCUGCUGGAGAGUUCCGAUUUCCAUGCCGGCGAAAAUUCGCUCUCUUAUAUCGCGCUGUGUCCGCUGGCCAGCUUCGGCGUGAACGGCGAUGUUUGUACGAUGUUUUUCCCCGACCGCACGGUAUUCCGCGAGCCGGUCGGCGAAUCGCUCUCCGUGACCGACGCGCUGAACGCAUUCCUGAAAAAAUUCCGGAUCGAAGGCGAACAGGCCGAACGCUGCGGCCUGUUCGGAUACACGGCAUUCGACGCCGUCAAAUACUUCGAGAAGAUCCCGGUGAUCGAAAGCCACGACGCGCAGAACGAUGCGCCGGACAUAAUGUAUAUCCUUUAUAAAUACUUAUUAGUAUUCAAUCAUUUCAAGAAUGAAUUGAUGUUGAUCGAGCUACUCUCGGACGGCGAAAAUACGCGUCUGCACGAAAUCGAAAGCGUGAUCGGCAACCGCAAUUUCGCUUCCUACGACUUCUCGUUGCGAGGGAAAGAAUACAGCACGAUCACCGACGAGCAAUACCAGGAAUUCGUUCGCAGGGGAGUCGCCCACUGCCGCCGCGGAGACGUUUUCCAGAUCGUACUGUCGCGGCGAUUCGUGCAGCCGUAUGCCGGGGACGACUUCAAAGUCUACCGCGCGCUGCGCAGCGUCAACCCGUCGCCCUACCUUUUCUAUUUCAAUUUCGGAGGGUUUCGCAUUUUCGGAUCGUCGCCGGAAACCCACUGCAAAGUGCAGAACGGCCGCGCCAGUAUCGAUCCGAUCGCCGGUACGACCCGGCGCACCGGCGACGCGCUGAAAGACAAGCAACUGGCCGACGCGCUGCUGCGGGAUCCGAAGGAGAACGCCGAACACGUGAUGCUCGUCGAUCUCGCCCGCAACGACCUGAGCCGCAACGCCGUAAACGUGAAAGUAGAUUUCUAUAAGGAGCCGCAAUAUUACAGCCACGUGAUCCAUCUGGUUUCGCGCGUCAGCGGCGUGAUCGAACCGGACAGCAACCCGGUUCAAACAUUCGUCGACACCUUCCCCGCCGGCACGCUGAGCGGCGCGCCGAAAGUCCGCGCCAUGCAGUUGAUCUCCGAGAUCGAACCGCACAGCCGGGGCGCCUACGGCGGCUGCAUCGGAUUUAUCGGACUGGACGGCAACUUGAACCAGGCGAUCACGAUCCGCACGCUGGUCAGCCGCAACAACGAACUAUGGUAUCAGGCCGGAGCCGGGAUCGUCGCACAGAGUAUCCCGGAAAACGAGCUGCAGGAGGUGAAUAACAAACUCCGCGCGCUGAAAAAUGCGAUCGAUAUCGCCGUCAACCUUAAAAACUAA